AUGAGUUACGAGCGCAAAAACACGACGCCGGUAGCUGACAUUCCACUGCCAGACAACUAUGAGACCUUCCACCUCCCAGAUAUUCGAUUCCAGCACCACCCUGCAAACAGCCCGGCCGUCACACCCAUUGUUCUCGUGGUCCUCGAUCGCCCCAAGGCCCAUAAUGCCUUCAGCGCGGACAUGGCCCGCUCGCUGAUCACAGCGUUCGGUCUGCUGUCGCGCGAUGCGCGCGUCCGCUGCGUUGUCCUUACCGGCAGCGACAUGACAAACAACCGCACGUUCUGCGCCGGCGCCGACCUCGACAUUGGCUUCAACACGGGCGGCGACACCCGCUCCAACCACCGCGACUUGGGCGGUGCCGUGUCGCUCGCCAUCCACCACUGCCGCAAGCCCGUCAUUGCCGCCAUGAACGGCAGCGGCGUCGGCGUCGGCAUCACCAUGACGCUGCCCGCCGACAUUCGGGUGGCCAGCAACAAGGGCAAGUAUGGGUUUGUCUUUGCGCGCCGCGGCCUGGUCAUGGAGGCCUGCUCGUCGUAUUUUCUGCCGCGCCUGGUGGGUCACGCAGCCGCCGCCUACUUGACGACCACGGGCAGUGUGCUGCCGGCGUCCCACAAGAUGCUGUCGCCGCUGUUCGCCGAGAUUGUUGACCCGGACAAGGUGCUGCCGACGGCGCUGGGCCUGGCCGAGGACAUUGCGGCCAACACGAGCCCGGUAAGCACGCGCGUGAUGAAGGACAUGCUGCACCACGGCGGGAGCACGCCGGAAGAGGCGCACCUUCUGGAGAGCAGCCUGCUGUUCCAGCGGUUCCAGAACCGGGACCUGAAGGAGGGCAUGGCGAGCUUCCUGGAGAAGCGGGCACCGAACUUCCAGGGGACAAUGGAGGAGGACGGCCCCGUGGAGUGGCCGUGGUGGGACACCAAGAUCCUCGAGCGGGCCAACGAGACAGACAAGGCCAAGUUGUAA